GUCGAUGACGAUAUUAUUCCAGUAGACAUUGCAAAAAAUGCGCUUGAUUCUCACGAGUCCGGAAAGCUGGACAUAAAAGUUUUUGAUGGGGUGAAAGGCACUUUCUUGCGAUGCGCAUCUCUUUGCUCGAAUGCCACUUUUAAGGAAGAUAAUCGCGAUGUGAAAUUAUCAAAACGCGAAGCAAACGGCGAUGCAUCUGAAGUUGCGAUUUUGAAAUAUUGUGAAUUUACGUGUGGCGAUGUCGCUGCUUACCGUGAACUUUAUCCAAAAGUCUGCGAAAUACCGUUUAAUUCGACGAGCAAAUUCCAGGUCACUGCACCUGACCGCUGGUACUUGAUCAAUCAAAGUCGCAGGCGUGACACUGCAGCUUUGGUCAGAAUGGUGAUGCUACUGAUUCGGUUCAUCGGAGAUGCACUGUUUUCAAUGGAAUGGUCCGACAGGCACCUUGUAAGAGCGUUUAUUUUAGGUGUCGAUACACAGACGAGCGUCGGAUGGGUACUACAUUUUGGUAAUGAAGGGAGCGCCAGAGCAAAUUAUUGCACGAUGUGCAACAUACCUUCAUAG